AUGAAGUCUGCGCUGCUCAGCCGCUUCUUCAUCCUCCUGCCCUGGAUCCUGAUCGUCAUCCUCAUGCUGGACGUGGACACGCGCAGGCCGGCGCCCCCGCUCACCCCGCGGCCCUACUCCGUGCCCUACGCCGGGGGCCGCGGGGGCGCCCGCUCGCCGCCCCGCCGGGGUCUCCCGGGGCGCAGCGCAGAGCCGCGCAACGUAUCCCGGCCCCCGCCGCCCGCGCCGCCGCUGCCCACCAUCUAUGCCAUCACGCCCACCUACAGCCGCCCGGUGCAGAAGGCCGAGCUCACCCGCUUGGCCAACACGUUCCGCCAGGUGGCGCAGCUGCACUGGAUCCUGGUGGAGGACGCGGCGGCGCGCAGCGAGCUGGUGAGCCGCCUGCUGGCGCGCGCGGGGCUGCCCAGCACGCACCUGCACGUGCCCACGCCGCGCCGCUACAAGCGCCCGGGGCUGCCGCGCGCCACCGAGCAGCGCAACGCGGGCCUGGCCUGGCUGCGCCAGCGGCACCGGCACAGCCGCGCGCACCCCGGCGUGCUCUUCUUCGCCGACGACGACAACACCUACAGUCUGGAGCUCUUCCAGGAGAUGAGAACCACGCGCAAGGUGUCCGUCUGGCCGGUGGGCCUGGUGGGCGGGCGCCGCUACGAGCGUCCCCUGGUGGAGAACGGCAGAGUGGUCGGCUGGUACACCGGCUGGAGAGGGGACCGGCCCUUCGCCAUCGACAUGGCAGGAUUUGCUGUAAGUCUUCAAGUUAUCCUGUCCAAUCCAAAAGCUGUAUUUAAGCGUCGUGGGUCCCAGCCAGGGAUGCAAGAAUCUGACUUUCUGAAACAGAUAACCACCGUGGAGGAACUGGAGCCAAAAGCAAACAACUGCACCAAGGUCCUUGUGUGGCACACGCGGACAGAGAAGGUCAACCUGGCCAAUGAGCCCAAGUACCGCCUGGACACAGUGAACAUCGAGGUGUAG